UUCUGACGAAUACUCGUGACGUGUACCCGACUAGUACAUACGGCAAAUGCUUUGUCUCAGCGUGCGUGUGUGUGUGCUUGCGUGUAUUGUGUCCCCCCGAACAUUAUCUACCAAAGUAAAACAGCUGAUAGUCAAGACCCGUUUGUUGCAAUAAUGAAACAUGUGAGUUUUGUUGUUGAACGGAGUGCAAUAACAACGUGAGUCUGAGGUCUUCAACACAAAACAUAUUAACUAACUCAUUCGUGGGUAUUUAGUGCAGCAGUGAUCAGCAGUGUCUUGCAGCGGGUGGAAUUUAUUUGACGCUGGAAGUGAGUGAGUUACCUUCUGCAACAGGACGUCUUUAACAAAAGGUCCAAAAUGCCAAAGCAUAUAUCCCAAUCAUGAGUACCGAUGGAUCUGAAUGAAUGCGAUUUAGGUAUUGUUAGAAAAUAAAAGAAGAGACAAAAUGAAUGAAACCACGGAACUUCAGACUGUAAAAAUUUUGUUACCAGCAGAAGAGAAUAUCGCAUCAGAAGAUGCCACUAAAAAAUGUGUGGUUUCAUACAGAACGAAAAGUCCCCACAACUGCUUAACAGCAAAAGAAUCUCUCAAUAAUGCUCUUAGUGAUUCUCAGUCGAAUCUCUGCAAUGGCGCUACAACGGCUACAUCGGCCACAACAUUGCACAACAUGUCUUCGGGUCUCAAGAAGGUGCUUAACGGCAGUCCCAAUAAUCACAAAAAGCCUACAAUAUCACUUACACAUUUGCCGAAACGUCCUCCGGUCGAUAUUCAAUUCAUCGACAUGUCCUACUCAGUUUCGGAAGGGAGGCAACGAGGUUACAAGACGAUCUUAAAAUGCAUAAACGGUAAAUUCUUGUCAGGAGAACUCACUGCCAUUAUGGGGCCCUCAGGUGCCGGAAAAAGUACUCUCAUGAACAUUCUAGCAGGAUACAAAACGUCGAAUCUCGAUGGUUCAGUUUUGAUAAACGGCAAAGAACGGAGUUUGAGGCGUUUUCGCAAGAUGUCUUGCUACAUCAUGCAGGAUGACUGUUUGUCUCCUAAUCUAACGGUAAAAGAAGCCAUGAUGGUAUCUGCUAAUUUAAAACUAGGCAAAGAUCUGACGCAACCCGAAAAGAAAGUUGUUAUUGAGGAAGUAAUGGAAGUAUUGGGCUUAACCGAAUGCCGAAACACAAUCACUGCAACCUUAUCAGGCGGACAAAAGAAAAGACUGUCCAUUGCACUAGAGCUGGUCAACAAUCCCCCCGUGAUGUUUUUCGAUGAACCGACGAGCGGUUUGGACAGUUCGUCUUGUUUUCAGUGCAUAUCGCUAUUAAAAUCACUGGCACGGGGUGGCAGAACUGUUAUAUGUACAAUACAUCAACCCUCAGCCAGACUGUUUGAAAUGUUCGAUCAUCUUUACAUCUUAUCCGAAGGGCAAUGCAUCUAUAAAGGAAAAUCUACGGAACUUGUUCCUUUCUUGUCGUCUGAAGGAUUUCAUUGCCCCAGUUACCAUAACCCUGCUGAUUAUGUGAUAGAAGUGGCUUGUGGAGACCACGGCGACUAUCUCGAGAAAUUGGUAGUUGCGGUGAACACCGGAAAAUGUAAAGGUUUAAAUACGUCAACAUGUAACGCCCUUCCAAACGCAACAAACGUUUCGCUGAAGAACACGUCCACUCCCUCCGACCCAAAGGCCGCAUUAGCAAAAGAAAACGUCCCCACCGGAACAACAACAUGUACCACAGCCCUCUUAGACUCGUCUGAAAAUCUCAAGCAUUCUGAUAAAGCUGCCACAUUCCCUAUAUCCAGUUGGCAACAGUUCUGGAUUCUGCUUAAAAGAACUUUCCGUGCCACCCUGCGCGACACCCAGCUAACGAGAAUGAGACUGUUAGCGCACUUCGUUAUCGGAAUUCUGAUAGGAUUAAUUUAUUAUGAUAUCGGUAAUGAUGCCGCUAAAGUAAUGAGUAACGCUGGAUGCAUGUUCUUCACCGUCAUGUUUACCAUGUUCACGGCCAUGAUGCCAACUAUUUUAACAUUUCCUUUGGAGAUGUCUGUUUUUGUGAGAGAACACUUGAAUUAUUGGUAUUCCAUUAAGGCCUACUAUUUCGCAAAAACGGUGGCUGAUAUUCCGUUCCAGAUCGUGUUGACAAUCUGCUACGUGAUGGGAGUCUAUUACAUCACAUCACAGCCCAUGGAACCGUUGAGAUUUGGAAUGUUCAUUUUAGUAUCGGUACUCACAGCUUUAGUUGCUCAAAGUUUAGGUCUUCUAGUUGGAGCUGCCUUUGACAUAGAGAGUGGCGUAUUCUUAGGGCCAAUCUCAACAAUUCCUAUGGUUUUAUUGUCCGGAUUUUUCGUCAACCUCAACGACAUACCGUUUUAUUUAAAAUGGUUACCGUACGCAAGUUAUGUUCGUUACAGUUUCGAGGGCAUUUUGAUCUCAAUUUACGGCCUCAAUAGGGCGAAACUAGAGUGCAACGAUCUGUACUGUCACUUUAAAUACCCAACCAAAUUUUUGAGUCAAAUGUCUAUGAACGACGAUCUGGAUAGUUACCUAAUAGACGUGUCCAUUUUGGGCGGUCUCUUUGUGCUCCUCAGGGUGUGUGCAUAUUUCGUAUUAAGAAUAAAAGUGUUUGCAAACCGUUAGUCGAAUAUUUUUUAUACAAUUUUUAGGAUAAUGCAUAGGUACAGAAUAGUAGUACCCUUUUGACUGUUGCAGUCAGGAUCAAGUAGCAUAAUAACUAGGUGUUUUUAUCUAGACCAGGGCUAGCCAACCCAAAUCAUCUUGCAGACCACUUUUGAAAUAAAUCACAACUCCGCGGGCCGCAUAUAAAAUAUAUAUAUAUUUCCCCAUUAAUACCGGUUACUAAGGAGCUAUUCACCGGUACUGUGCCGGUGAUUAAGAAACGAUUUACCGGUACCGUACCAGUGACUAAAAAUCAAUUCAUCAGUACCGUACCGGUGACUAAGAAGUCAUUCACCGGUACUGUACCGGUGAUUAAGAAGUCAUUCACCGGUACUGUACCGGUGAUUAAGAAACGAUUUACCGGUACCGUACCAGUGACUAAAAAUCAAUUCACCAGUACCGUACCGGUGAUUAAGAAACGAUUUACCGGUACCGUACCAGUGACUAAAAAUCAAUUCACCAGUACCGUACCGGUGACUAAGAAGUCAUUCAUCUAUACCGUACGGCGACUAAGAAGCUAUUCAUCGGUACUGUACCAGUGACUAAGACACUAUUCACCGGUACCCAAACGUUUAAAUCAUCAAAAGAUCACCUUCUUAAAUGGUUUAUGAGACUAUAAUGCUAAUGAGCAUGCUGCACUUAGACUUUCAAAAUCGUUUAAAGAAGGGGUGCACCUAAACGGUUUUCAAACUUAAAAUUUUUACAGUAUUAUUGAACCUUAAUGAACAAGAAUGUUUAUGCAAAAUUCAAAAAUUCUACUUCUACUGAAAAUUGAGACAAGAACAACAAUUGUACUUAUUUAAAAUAAAUGAAGCAUGAAUUAAAUAUUCUAUUUCUAAAAAAUACCAUGCUUUCUAGCUGGUUACCGGCGAAUAGCUUUUGUCACCGGUCCAGGACCGGUCAAUAGCUUAUUAGUCACCGGUACCGUACCGGUGAAUAGACACAUCGGCUUUUUUCUUAAUACAUUAGUUUUCACUACUUUGAGCAAUUUUUAAAAUAAAUAUAUUUUGUAAAAUUAUGAUGAAUCUCGCGGACCGGAAGAAUGUUCAAGGCGGGCCGCGGGUUGGCCGGCCCUGAAUUAGGCGCAUGUCAGUGAUAUUUUUUAAUUACUCAUUAUAUAUAUUUGAGUCGCAAUGGAAGCUACAGAAAUUAUAUAACUUACUUAAUAAUAUUUCAGUAUUAAAACUGUUAUUAAUUACUAACGGAAAUGGGUAGGUAAAGUUAUGUUUUAACUAGAUCAAAAAUAGCUUUCCUCGUCUCCAAAUUGUUUGACUAAUUUACGCCUAAAUUUGGUGUUUGUUUAUAAGUUAAUAUUUUUCAAUCAGUUUGUUUUUUUUUUUUUAAGAGCAUAACACUGAUUUUAUUUUAUGAGUUCAUAACAAUAUCGCAACUUUUAAAUAGUUAUGUAUAUUAGGGUUUAGAUCAUAGCAUAAUACAAUCGGAAUAAUUAUUUGGAAAAGGGUCAUUUAUAAAAUUUGUAUUGCACACAAACAGGUGAAUUUAUAGCGUUGCAUUGAAAGCAAUUAAAAUGUUCUUUUUAGUAUUGCUGCCAAAGGUAUAUAAAUAAAUUUUUUAUAGAUAGACAUCACUCUUUUACAGAAAUAUUUACUACAAUUACAUGUAAAAUAGUAGAUCGACCGUAUAAAGUUAGUUUGUUCUUUUGUAGAUAAAAAUACAUAUGUAUUUAAUGUAUAACAUGGUAAAAGGUAGUAAUAAUUUGGAAAUUUGUGAUUGCUUUAAGAACUAGUUUAUCUAUCUGUGAUAGGACGUAUUUUUAUUUCUUUACAAAUAUUUCUUUUAAGGCAAUAACUACAAGUUAUAGACGUAAAGUAGAUAUAAUAUUAUUUAAUUUUUUUACCUUUUUUGUAGCUUCCAGUGUGGUUUAAAUAAAAAUAGUUUUAAGUUUUUUUUAAUACGGCACAAUUCAUGCCAAAAUUCACUAUUACAUACAUACAUUGAACAAAGUGUGACAGAAAAGGGAAAAUUGGAUACAUGACAACAUAAAAAAUAAACUGCAGCUAAUAAUAAUCAAGGAAAGGUUUUUCUUUCAACAAUUGUGCUCGUCUAUUACCAUAGUUUAUACAGAAAUUUUCAGAAUAUUAAUAGGUAUAUAAUCUACCAUUACCUACUAUAAUAUAGAUACUUAGUUCUUCAAUUAUUUUUAUUAAAUACUUAUAUAGGCCGCCCAAGAUUUUUCUUCUUUCUGUUACAAUAAAUAGGUAUGUAUUAAAUCUUUCACUAGUCAAAAUUGUAAUAAACUGGAAAACUUUAAGAGAUUUGCAAAAAUCAAACAUUAAACGUUCUGUAAUCUUCAACUGUGAUUUCGUUAGUAGAAUUUGAUUUUGACAGGUAAUAUUAUAUAGUGUUACCAAAUUGUCUCUGCGAUUCAUAAAAUUAUUUUUUUAACUGUUACCUAUCUAUUUAUUUUUAUUAAUUUAAUUCCAAUAGAUCUGUUUUCCUAAACCGUAGUGGUAUUUAGUUUUAUACGAAUACUUUUAAUGCAAAACCUAAUUGGCAUCGUGAUUAGUGCGGGGAGCUUUACAAUAACAUUGCAUUUUUGUUUUUCUUGUUUCUUUUUAUUUCGUUAGUUAUUUAAUGUUAAGUUAAUCGAUUAUUAUUAUUGUUUACGAAAAUUGCUGCAGACGAAUAGAUUAUGUUUGAAGAGUAGGUAUUUUUAUUUUAAACCCCGGACAUCACAUAUAAAUGCAUAUAAUCCUAGAUCAUUUAAGAUUUAAGUAAUAAACGUAUACCAACUAUUGUACCUACAAUAGGAAAGCAAUAUUUUGUUUUUAUAUUAUAUGUAUCUAUUGUACUAACACUUUCGAAAUUAGUUAAGAAUGAAAACUGUCUUGUGUCAUGUAGGUACCUAUUAGAAGAGCUGUAAAUUACAUUUGCUCACAAUUUUUGCAACCAACAUAUACCUAAUUACAAUUUUUAUAUAUCAUAGCUUGUACCUGCAAUUUAAUAUGACAAGUAUUUUAUAAACCCA